AUGUUAACGCAAAAGCUUGACAGCGCUACAACAAGACAGCUUCAGUCCUUUGCUACAGUGCACACUGAGUUAUCAGUAAACUCUGACGGAAAUAUCCUCCUGUUUGGUUCCCACAUUGUGAUACCAGCCUACCUUCGACAGCGAGUGUGCGACCUCGCCCACGUUGGACAUCAAGGUAUUGUCAAAACAAAGAAACUGCUUCGUCAAAAGGUUUGGUUCCCUGGUAUCGAUAAACUCGUGGAGACAACCAUUCAUAACUGUAUCCCGUGCCAGGCCGUAACCCCUGAAAACUCUUCCCGUCGAGAACCGCUCAAGAUGACUGCGCUCCCGCAAGCACCAUGGGAAAACGUCUGUGCAGAUUUCGUUGGACCAUUACCCUCUGGAGACUACUUACUGAUUGUCUAUGACGAAUACUCCCGUUACCCUGUAGUAGAAAAGGUGUCUUGCACCUCUGCGCGAUCCACUAAUACCGCCUUUGACAAGAUAUUUGCCACACAUGGUAUACCAUCCGUUUUGAAAACUGACAAUGGACCUCCAUUUAAUAGUACAGAGUUUCACCAGUUCCUCGAUUACCUAGCUAUCAAACAUCGGAGAAUCACGCCGUACUAG